CGGACCCGGGACACACUGAGACGAUUCGGCUGCUCAGACACCUCCUAGCCCCCGGAGCUGGUUUGCCAGGUUCAUGCAUUCCCACCCCAUGGCGUCGCCCGACAGGCUGAGCGGCUCAGACGCCGGCCCGGAGGAGCCAGAGCUCAACAUCACUCUCACCCUGCGGAUGCUCAUGCAUGGGAAGGAGGUGGGCAGCAUCAUUGGUAAGGCAGGACUGGAGGAUAACGCAGAGCUCACGGGACAGCCCUUACCCGGGUCACUGUGUUCAGCCCACGGCACACCCCUCGCCCCCAGCAAGGACGCCAGAGACGGGAGGCUGGCUGAGCCGGAGCCGGGCUGGGCAGCCGUCGGACGAGUUCUCACCCGGCGCUCCGCUUUGCUUUUGCAGAGCAGCGCCCGGAUCACCAUCUCCGAGGGCUCCUGUCCCGAGCGGAUCACCACCAUCACGGGGUCCACAGACGCCGUCUUCAGAGCCGUCUCCAUGAUCGCCUUCAAACUGGAGGAGGACCUGGGGCCGGGAGCCACCGACGGAGGCGCUGUGUCCAAACCGCCCGUGACGCUGCGGCUGGUCAUCCCGGCCAGCCAGUGCGGAUCUCUCAUUGGCAAAGCUGGUGCCAAAAUCAAGGAGAUCCGGGAGACCACGGGUGCGCAGGUGCAGGUGGCAGGGGACCUGCUGCCCAAUUCCACGGAGCGGGCGGUCACGGUCUCGGGCGUGCCCGGCGCCAUCAUCCAGUGCGUGCGGCAGAUCUGCGCCGUCAUCCUGGAGUCGCCUCCGAAAGGGGCCACCAUUCCCUACCACCCCUGCCUCUCGCUGGGCACCGCACUCCUCUCCGCCAGCCAGGUAAGGGGGCCGCCGGAACCAGAGGGGGAAAUUCCCCAGCACCGUCCCGGGACCGAUCCCUGGGGCGUUUCCAAGUCGAGACCCUACGUCCGGGCCUCCCCCCUCGCCCUCCCUCGGCAGACACGCAGGGAGCCCCUCCCGGAUCCAGCCCGUCCUCGCUGCCCCCGCCAGGAGCCAGGGGGUGGCUGGUGCCAGCUGUGCCAGGCCCGGCCACCCUGGGCACACCUGAUUGGCUGCAUCAUCGGCCGCCAGGGCAGCAAGAUCAGCGAGAUCCGGCAGAUGUCCGGUGCCCACAUCAAAAUCGGGAACCAGACCGAGGGCGCCAGCGAGCGCCACGUGGCCAUCACGGGCACGCCCGUCAGCAUCGCCCUGGCCCAGUACCUCAUCACAGCCUGUUUAGAGACCGCCAAAUCUACCUCUCAGACGCCCCCCCUCGCCAGCCCCGUUGACCUCAGCAUGACCUUCUCCCAGCCCCUCAAUCCGUCGCCGGCCCCCACGCUGACAGCGGUCGCCCCAGCUGCCCAAGACAAAGACCGAGCCUAUGGACUUCGGGAGCAGAAAGCCUGUGGCAAGGAGUUCCACGGCUACUUGGCCAAGUUUCAAAAGCUUUAUGUCCAGCAACCAUGGCUGCCUCAUGACGACGCUGUAAAAAUAAUCAUCGCCCAAGUGUGGGCCUUCUGGUAG